GCCAUGGGGCCUGUUGGCGGACCUGCUCCCGGAUUGACAAAUGUGGUGAUUCUGUCAAAGAUACCACAGGGUGCAACGGAGCAGCAGAUAUCUUCUGCAGCUGGCCGGCCGGAUGAAAUUUUGCAGGUGAGUUUCAGACCUGCAGACCCAGAGGGUCCUGGCUGGGCCAUUGUAGCCUUUGCUACUCCAGAAAUUGCCAAGGCCUCGCGAGAUCGUUUAGAUGGCAAGCCUUUUCUUGGUGGCAACGCCUUGAUUGACGCGGCUCUUGGUGAAGGUCUUUUUGGAAAAGUGCGGAGCACCAACGAUCAGGACAGCCCGUGGAAAGAAGCUCGCACGAAAGAGGGGCAGGUCUACUACUACCAUGCUGUCACGCGGCAAACUACCUGGGUGAAACCGCCUCCUGAAUUUCCUUCUGCAGCGCAGAUGAUGGCAGGCCGAGGCGCGCAAAAUCGGUCCAAUCCCGGGGCGCAGGCCCAAGCUGCCAUUCGCGCAGCUCAAGAUGUGGUUGCUGCUGCUCAUGGCACAGAUCCUGCUGGUUCCACAGCUUCUGGCCCUGUGGGAGCAAACCUCUUUGUGUACCACAUCCCCAACAGUUGGGAUGAUCACAUUCUACGUCAACACUUUGAGCACUUCGGCAAGAUUUUGAGUUGCAGGGUCCAGAAGGAUGAUAGUGGACGACCUCGUGGGUUCGGCUUUGUCUCCUUCGAUGCGCCGGCAUCUGCUCAGGCUGCCAUUGCAGGGAUGCACGGUUUUCCCGUCGAAGGGAAGUGGCUGAAGGUCCAGCUCAAGAAAGGAGACGAGCAGCAAAUCGAGCAGGCCAAAGAGCAAGUGGGAAGCAUGCCCGGCAUUACUGUGAACCAGGUCACGCCAGCAACCCCGCCUCCGCCAGCUCCGCCUCCUCCAGCACCACCUGCUCCUCCAGCUCCUCCAGAGGCUGGAAAGAUGACAAGUCCGGGUGAGAAAGGGAAGAAAGGCUUUGGCAAAGGCGAUGGGAGCAAGGGCUUUGAUGGUGGCAAGGGCUUCGACGGUGGCAAGGGUUUUGAUGGUGGCAAGGGCUUUGGUUGUGAUGGUGGGAAGGGCUUUGGUUGUGAUGGUGGGAAAGGCUUCGGAGGUGACGGAGGCAAGGGCUUUGGAUUUGACGGCAAGGGCUGCUACGACAGCAAAGGGGGCCAGGGAUGGAGUGAAGGCAAAGGCUUUGAUAGCUUUGGCGACGGGAAGGGGUUUGGCAAAAAGGGUUUGGCAAAAGGAAACUUUCGACCAGGCGAGCUGGAUGAGUUUUUUGCGGAAACGCAACUGAGUCAGUUUUUCUGA